AUGACUCACGACGACGCGAGGGGAGAUAGUUCGGGACCAGAAGUCACCCUAGUGGAGCAGGGUAUUAUACCAGCUGCGGAUAACCUGUUGGGCGAUGCGACAGCGGCUCCAGAGAUGGUCGGGCUGGUUGCUGCUGCUGCUGCUACCGCUGCCGCCGAAACAAACGACGACUCGAAAGGGAGAAAAGGAAAUCGUUCAAGACCAUGGUACAAAACUCCUUCGGUGUGGUGGCUUUUGCCCAUCACUGCUCUGGGUGCUACGUCCCGGGCAGCAACAAUUGCACCUCGGACCGAACUAUUUAUCAAGUUUGCCUGUGAUGAGCUGAGGCCCGAGUACAGUGUUGACGCCAACCCCACGUAUUGGAAUCCGAGUCCUACGAAUAACACUUUGAUAGACGUACCAGUUACGUUUGUUCACGAGAAUACUACCUCAAGAGACGAGAUUGUAAAAACGACGCUUCAUCAUCCGGAUAAGCGGUGUGCACAGGAUCCGGGUAUAUUCAGUCUACUUACACUCGGCUGGUGGGCACAGUACUCUGACCGCGCGGGGCGGACCAAGGUGCUUGGGAUAUCAGGAUUUGCCAUUCUCGUGGCGGAUGCUCUACUGUUUUUAGUCGCGUUCAAGGGUAAAGUUUUGCCUGGAGGGUAUCGGAUCCUGAUCAUAGGAGGAGCUCUUGAUGGGUUAGCUGGAGGAUUCUCUGCUGUUAUUGCAGCUGGGCACGCGUAUGUUGCGGAUUGCUCCAGCCCGUUAACUAGGUCGCGUAUUUUCAGUUUUUGGACGGGCUGCGUAUAUGCGGGUGCAGCGCUUGGACCGAGCCUUGGAUCGCUGAUCAAUUCGUACUCCAACAACCUGCUCUCGACGUUCUACGUAACUACAGCGGUUCAUACCAUUUAUGGAAUAUUCGUAGCCUUUAUUGUCCCGGAGUCUGUAUCCGAUGAAGCAAGAGCUAAAGCGCGGGAGUUGUACGAAAGGGACAUGAACCCUACCCACGGUCGAUUUCGUCGCCCUGCAACCAGAGAAGUUGCUAUUAACAUGGGGUCAUAUCACUUCAAGUUCCAAUACGCUCUCAAGACAUUUCAUUGGAGCUCGGUUCAACUUGGUCAUUGGCUAAGCCUCGUUGGAUUCUGGCGUGCGCUGUAUCUGUCAGUGAUCCUUCCCGCCAUCCUCAAAGCACUGUAUGCACGGGAGGCACGUCGAUCCAACGGGGAUGAAAGUGACAAUGAAAAGGAGGCGCAGGUCAAGAGGGUCGAUCUGUUGGUGGUUCGCGUAUCGCUUUUGAUCGAUUUGAUCGGGUACAUAUUGAUCGGCAUAGUCACCAGUCAGAUGCCAUUCAUUGGAGCAACGAUCCUGCUUGCAUUUGGAGGAGGGUUUGCCCCAUCUGUUCAGAGCCUUGCGCUAGCGCUCGCUAGCCCCUCUGCACAUAUAGCUAGACGAGGGGCUCGGGCUCAUGGGGAAAGUCUCCCUCCAGGUGCGAAGCAGGAGAUUGGACGGUUAUUUGGGGCGCUCGCUGUUAUACACGCUCUAGGUGCGCAGGUGAUUGGCCCAGCAGUUUACAGCACGACAUUUGGGGCAAGUAUCGGAGUGUACCCUAGGGCAAUAUUCUGGUUAUGCGCCAUUAUGGUUUCGUUGGCGGUUGUGGCUUUCAGUUUUGUGCGGUUGGAGGGUGGACAUGAACCUGAAGACUCGGAACACGAGCCUCUGCUAGCUUAA